AUGAAAAGCAAUAAGAUGUUUUCUAUUAUACGUACGAAAUUGGUGCCUAAAAAACAUUAUUGGACAAAUGUUGAGUCAAUACAUCUGUUCUUGCCUGGCCCAAGAGGCAGCGGUAAAUUAUGUUUAGUGGAAUGUAUGUUCUUUGAAUCAACAAGAAUUUUUAAACGUAAAUCAGUCAAUGUUUAUUCUGAUUUUGAUGACGACGUACAUACGAUUAAAACUGGAACUUGUGCUUUUCGUAUUGGUGGUUUUAAUUAUCACAGUACUCUCGGACUAGGCAAAAAAUUAAAAAAAACUUAUGAACGUUUAUCAUUCGACAAAUUAAAUAGUUAUCGAGGUAAAAUUGGAAGUGUGAAAUUAAACUUUGAUGAUGAAGUAUCAUUUAUGAAUUAUAAUAUGUGGUCUACUGUUUCUCAUCGAUGGCAAGACAUCAAAGGUGUAAUUUCCCUACUGGUCUAUUUUUGA